AGAGCAGCAAUGAUCGUUGAGAUUUUAGUGCUUCUCCUGACUUUGUUUGGGAUCACUUACGGGAUCUUCAAAUAUAGGAUCACUUAUUGGAGUCGUCAUGGAGUCCCAAAUGAACCCAAUGCCACUUUCCCCUUUGGCAACGAUCCUUCGUUCCAUCCUGAUGUCAUCCGUGCGAAAAUAAAUUCUGCCUACGUGAUAGACGAGCUCUACCAAAGGCACAAGGAUAAACCUUUCAUUGGGAUCUACGGACCUUUGGGUCAACAAUCGAUCAUCAUCAAUGAUCUGGAGUUGAUCAAGCAUGUCCUCAUCAAGGAUUUUGACGUCUUUGUGGAUCGCUUCGGGCAGUUCAAUGUCUUUGGUGGAGAUUCCGAAGUGUUCACGGAUCGUCUUUGGCAACAACAACUCCUCAUUUUAAAAGGAGAAUUAUGGAAGGAUGUUCGAUCAGUGUUCUCGCCCGUUUUCACAUCCGAGAAAAUGAAACUCAUGAUACACUUCAUGAAAGUAAUUCGCUUGAAUCAAGAGCUAGCUAAGUGUGCUCCCAAUUUACAUUGAGUAGGUUUUUGAAAGUUUUAGUUUUCAUAAUGUUUUUAGGUAUAUAAGUUUUUAUGUGGGCUAG